UCAGGUUUCGCCACAGCAGCGCGAAGGUGGUGGCGGCAUGUGGCCAUCGCACGCGUUGACUCUAAGGGGCGUUCGGUGGUAUCAGGCGAGCAUCAGGCCUUCAGGGUUUGUACCUUUCUGCCUUGAGCUGUGUGGAAUCAGAAAAAAUAUAUGCCUUAAACUUUAAUUAUUUUAGUUAUAAGAUGACAUAACCGCUUUGUGUAGAAUUGCUGGCUCGGUACAGUAGAACAGAUAAGGGCAAGCGUUUGUUCUUUGUAACUUUUCUGCAAAUGCUUCGCUCACCGCGGCCUUGAAGGUAAAAAAAAAAAAGUAUGUACAAAGUAGAUUUCCAGGUGCAAGAAGGAGGUUUGUGAACUAACCCUAUCUCCCCCAUAAUUCCCAUCCUGAUAACAGCAAAGAAAUAAUGAAGUAAUAUUAUAGCCGCUUUUCAUGCUAAUUUCACUAUAUGAUCACGUGAGUUGUAAGCGACUGUUAAAAAGUAUAUAAGCCUCCUGAUUUUGCUCUUGGGGGGGGGACCCCUUCCAAGUGCUUGGGAAAUCCAUGUCACUUUGGAACUCCCCCUACAGCUGUAGUUUCUUUUGAAUAAAAGCUUCUGCUAACCUGACCCAAAAGUACUCUGUGUGUGUUUCCACAACAAUUCCUGGUGCCGUGACUCGGAUCCAGAACACAGGCUGAGGAAGGAGGACCGCAGGCUACCCCCCCCCGAACCCUGAGGCGCCAAACUUGAGAGGUCCAAGAAGCCUUACCUCAACCACCGGAUGUUCCCUGUCACAACCUCGAACCAGGGGAUUGGAUCUACGUAAAGGUCUAUCAAUGGAAAAACGCACUUCAACCCAGAUGGAAAGAACCUUUCCAGGUACUUCUGACCACUAAUUCUGCUGUUCGUUGCCAAGGUCACCAAACGUGAACUCACGCCUCGCACUGCAAGAAGGUAUCACCUCCAUUGGACCCCGAAGCAGCUGUAUUCCAACCAAGGUUGGGAUUUUUCCCUGAGGCCAAGAACAAAAACCCUCAGGACCUCACUCAGGCAAGUGAGGAGCAUCAGGGUGCAAGUGCUAGUAACCUCUCCCCUGCACCCAACACCUCAGCCCAGCCGGAUUCAUCAGUUGAAGAACGAAGAUAUCAUCUUCGGCCUCGAAGAAAGUGAAUGCUCCCAUUCGGAAGAUCACCACCUCGAUCAAGACCAAGAGCCGACAUUAUCAGUCCUUUAGGUAACUUGAGCCCAGAGGACGAAGAAAGACUUUGGCUGCCAUCCUGGGUUUGGCUGGUAGUGUUCUUUUUCUUACUGGUGCUGGUUAUGUUUGUUGUUAAGAUUCUUUGUCCCUCCUGUAUCUAAAAAUGGCACUGAUAUCCUUAUAUAUCACACUUGGGUAUCUCAGUAUCACCCAAGGGGGGUGGGAGAAAAAUUUGUAUUUGCAGAUCUCCCAUGCGGUGGCUCAAGCUGGAAAUAAAAGUGACUGCUGGAUAUGCUCUCACAGCCCAGCACACCUACACCAAGGAAUCCCAAUGAUCGGAGUACCAAUAUCCCUCCAGCAAUGGGGAACAAUAAACGGCGGCUUCGUUAGACACUACUCGUUAGCUGCCCAUCGGUCCGCUCCUAAAGAAUGGAGGGCCGCCCCUGCUAACUGGAUAAUCUCCCCAAAAGUAGAGGCGCCUUUCUGUUACAGAUCCAACAACACCGGAGCUUAUAAUAAAGCCACACCUGUAGGACACUACCCUCAUUGCCUAACUACUCUAGAUUAUAGCCCUAGUAGCACCAGUGGAAUCCUGUUGGGUAACGUACCCUCUCUCAAUUGUACAGGAUUCAUGGUCUACAACUUUUCUAAGGAACCUCAUGUUGCUCUCAUUGCAAACAGAUCAGAAUUUUACAUUCACUCCAAUUUUACUUCUUGUAAUAUAUCUCGGUCCAGCAGAAUAACAGCUAAACGUGAACCGUCCUAUACGAUGCAUAUCAAUCGAAAGUGCCGGAUAGGGCACAACAACUGUCAAGAUUUAAGUACCCUUUCUGCCCCAGGCCUUUACUGGCUCUGCGGAAACAGGGCUCAUAAAAUCUUGCCCUGGAAUUGGGUGGGGGCAUGCACUCUUGAACGUGUUAUCCCUGGUUUCGAAAUGCAUAGUGCAAUAUAUCUGGAACAAGUAAAAAAUUUCAACCAUCACAUGAAAAGGGCGGUUAACCCCUUAGCUACCAGAAACACAGGGUUCCAUCGAUUUGUGAGAACCUUCAUACCGUGGCUUGGAGUAAGAGAAUUGGAACUAGCCAUAAUUAACAUUUCAGCCACAAUGGAAGCUAUGGAAAAUGCCACUGCGGAUGCAAUUCAGGCUCUGCAAAAAGAAAUCUCCCAGAUCUCACAAGUAACUAUACAACACCGCAUAGCCCUAGAUUACCUAUUGGUAUCCCAGGGAGGAGUAUGUGCCUUAGUAAACUCCACCUGUUGUGUCUAUGUCAAUCAGGACAUGCAAAUCAAAACUGACAUUCGCAAAAUCCGAAAUCAGUUAAGGGUCCUACAUCAAGUGACCUCAGAAAAUACUAACUGGGGUCUAAAAAAAAUGUGGUCUUGGCUAACCUCCUGGCUCCCAGAUUUCGGGGCCCUUGGCAAAAAAAUCCUGUAUGGAAUAUUGUUUGUCUUGAUAGUUCUGAUAAUGUUCUAUGUCUUAAUGCAACUGAUCCUCUGCUGCGUGAAAGCCAGCAGGGAAAGCUUUAGCAAGGCAAGAAAACCCACAGCAGAGUCUAGAAUAAUGGUGUUACAAAAGUGUGAGCAGAUUGAAAGAAAACAUGAAAGGCUGCAUGAUGAAAUAGAGGGGCUCAUGAGAAUGGAAAUUUAAGGCUAAAGUGAAACUAAAUAGUCUCAAAGGGGGGGGCUGUGGAAUCAGAAAAAAUAUAUGCCUUAAACUUUGAUUAUUUUAGUUAUAAGAUGACAUAACCGCUUUGUGUAGAAUUGCUGGCUCGGUACAGUAGAACAGAUAAGGGCAAGUGUUUGUUCUUUGUAACUCUUCUGCAAAUAAACUGGAUGCUUAUCUUGCUGGGAUCCUAUGACCCCAGCUGACGUCCUGCCCUUUGGGCGGGGGGCUGGACUCGAUGAUCUUCCGAGGUCCCUUCCAGCCCUAAUGUCUAUGAAAUCUAUGAAAUCUAUGAAAUGCUUCGCUCACCGCGGCCUUGAAGGUAAAAAAAAAAAGUAUGUACAAAGUAGAUUUCCAGGUGCAAGAAGGAGGUUUGUGAACUAACCCUAUCUCCCCCAUAAUUCCCAUCCUGAUAACAGCAAAGAAAUAAUGAAGUAAUAUUAUAGCCGCUUUUCAUGCUAAUUUCACUAUAUGAUCACGUGAGUUGUAAGCGACUGUUAAAAAGUAUAUAAGCCUCCUGAUUUUGCUCUUGGGGGGGGGACCCCUUCCAAGUGCUUGGGAAAUCCAUGUCACUUUGGAACUCCCCCUACAGCUGUAGUUUCUUUUGAAUAAAAGCUUCUGCUAACCUGACCCAAAA